GAAAGUGACUUUGAUUUAAUAUUGCUUAAUUAUAGUAUUGUGUUGUUGUUUUUUUAAAUAUAUUGUUUGCGACGCCCCGAGAUCACGUGACGCUGGCUGUCAGCUGAGCAGACGGAGGCCAAGAUGGCGAUCUUCAGUGUGUAUGUGGUCAAUAAAGCGGGCGGUUUAAUCUACCAGUGCGACAACUACGUUCCGAGGACGGAGGUGGAGAAGACGUUCAGCUUCCCUCUAGAUCUGGUGCUGAAGCAUCACGACGAAAAGGUGGUGGUGUCGUUCGGACAGCGAGAUGGAAUCCGAGUGGGUCACGCCGUUCUGUCCAUCAACGGCGUGGACGUGCUGGGGAAGAGCACAGCAGAGGGGAAGGACAUCCUGGAGUUCCUGAAGGAGCCCACCAACUACCCCGUCUCCAUUCGCUUCGGCAGAGCGCGACUCAGCUCCAAUGAGAAACUCAUGCUGGCCUCCAUGUUCCACUCGUUGUUUGCCAUCGGCUCGCAGCUCUCGCCUGAGGUUGGCAGUUCAGGGAUUGAGAUGCUGGAAACGGACGUCUUCAAACUGCACUGCUACCAGACGCUCACAGGUAUAAAGUUCAUAGUGCUGGCUGACCCCCGCCAGUCUGGUGUCGACGCUCUGCUCAGAAAGAUUUAUGAAAUUUAUUCAGACUUCGCCUUGAAGAAUCCGUUUUAUUCCCUGGAAAUGCCGAUUAGGUGCGAACUCUUUGAUCAGAAUCUGAAGGCUGCGUUGGAGAUCGCAGAAAAAGCUGGCAACUUUGGAUCCGGCUCUUAAUGAACACCAGUGGCAUCUGAAACAGAUUCUCUGACUGGAACAUUGGUUUUAUUUGCCGUGCCAUGUUUGGCCUCGUCACAUUGUAAAUAUGGUUUGUAAAUACAAAAUAAUAACAAUAAUAAACAGCUCCACCUGUUUCUCACUGCAGCUGUGAGUAAAAAAGGAAGGACAAACGAAAAACAAAAUUUAUUAAAGCUCCCAAAGCCAAAAAAAAAAACCUUACAAAUUAAACAAUA